AUGCGCCCCGGGGGCGUUGGCUCCGGCCCUCCGGGCGCCCCGAUCCCGCGGCCGGUGCCCGCCGCGCCAGUGCCCGGCAUCCCCCGCGGCCGGCCGCAGGCCUCCCCGCAGCGCCCGGGCGGGGCGGCCAACCACGGCGGCCAGGGCGGGCAUGCGGGCGGAGGCGGCGGCGCGCUGCCGUCCAAGCGGCACUACAACUACCUGGUGACGCUGCUGGUGCGGGAGGGCCUGAUCACGAAGGAGAAGGGGCACGAGCUGGCGGCCGCGGGGCAGAGGAUGGAGGAAGGAGUCAACCUUAUGGCCACACUGAGGAACAGUGUGGGUCAGGAGAAGCUGGCUGCUGUGAUGAAGGUCUGGACACAGCAGGUCCAGAACCAGCGGUCCCAUGAGGACGCAAG